CUGUCCCCAGGCGCCAUGUCCUCGACGUCACAGAAGCACCGGGACUUCGUGGCGGAGCCGAUGGGGGAGAAGCCGGUGGGGACCUUGGCCGGGAUCGGGGACAUUAGGGAUGUGCUGUGCAGGAAACUGGAGGAGAAGGGCUUUGACAAGGCGUACGUGGUGCUGGGGCAGUUCCUGGUGCUGCGCAAGGACGAGGAGCUGUUCCGGGAGUGGCUCAAGGAGACGUGCGGGGCCAACGCCAAACAGAGCCGCGACUGCUCGGGCUGCCUGCGCGAGUGGUGCGACGCCUUCCUCUGAGCCCCCUCCCCAAAAACGGCACCCCUGACCCCCCCGAGCCCCUCCCUGCGCCCCAAAACCCCCCGGG